UUUUCCUCUCGCUGUGCGAUUUCUCAAGUUUCUCCCCCUCGGACACCUCUUGGAGACACGCGCAGGCUGAGACGUCACGAUGGCCUUCUCUGAGUUUUCGUCGGUUGGGAAGAAGAAGCUUGGCGUGCACGUCCUGCUCAUUGUCUUGGACGUGAUCGCGCUCGCGCUUGCUGCUCGCGUCAACAUUUUCCAAGAGUUUUACUUCAUGGCGGACCUAUUUCCCCUAGGCCUUGCUAUCGCGACGUUGAUCAUACUGUUCUUCACACUCGUGCUCGACCUCACCAUCAAGAACAUGCCCACUGCUCGCCCCGCAGUAGACGUUGGCCUCCUCUACGUCCUUAGCAUCUUCUGGCUGGCGUUCAACGCCUUCUCUACCUCGCGAUGGCGCAAUAUACCUAUGAACUGCAGCUCGAUACCCGAAGAAUACCCCGACGAGCGCACCUGGUGCCGCGACGUGCAAGCCCUCAAGUCCUUCGUGUGGAUCGAGUUCGUAGCUCUCUUCUUCACGGCGUCGUUCAUCCUGCGCUACGCGAUCACCGAGCACAAGCGCGGCCGCAAGCAGAUCUGGAACGGCCCGCUCUCGCGCUACGUCCCGCGCGACGGUCCGCAGCGCGACCAGUUCUCGCGCCAGACCGUCACCGACUACUUCGGCGCGCGCGGCACGUCCGCGUUCGAGAAGUUCUGAGUUCCCGAGCGCGCCCCCUGUUGCUCAAGUUUCAGACUCACGCGGACACUGGUUUUGGUUCUCCCUGUUUUGAAUUCUGGAUGGACCGCGGCUGCGACGAGCGUGGUGAGGUGGUGUACGUUUGUUGUUGCUGGCGGCCUUCCGGAAGGGACGCCGGCGUGUAGUCUAGGUCUUUUUCUUUCUGCUGUUCUCGUUGCGAGUCCGAUCGUGCUACCCCCUUCAAUCAGAUCUUGUAUACACUGCAUCCUGCAGCCAGGUUACAUACCCAGAACAUCGUGUUGUUUAGGAGAGGUGGACGACGGGACGGGAAGAUAAGUUAUUAUGGUGACGCGAUG